AUGGGUUAUAAUCCAAGUUAUGCUUGGAGGAGUAUAAUGGGUGCAAGAGAAGUGGUGGAACGAGGUGCUCGAUGGCAGAUAGGAAAUGGGGAGAAGGUUAAUAUUUUGAAGGACAGGUGGAUCCCAGGUAACAACGGAUUCAAACUGCUUUAUGGGGCCAACAAUCUAAAAGAAAAUGCGAGAGUUUGCGAUCUCAUUGACAGGGACCUUGGAGGGUGGAAGAAGGAAGUGAUUCGGGAGAAAUUUUCGCAAGAAGAGGCUAAGAUGAUAGUGAGUAUUCCUCUUUCGAGGAUACCUACAGAUGACAAAAUUAUCUGGCAUUUUGAGAAGAACGGGGAGUACUCAUUCAAAACUGCGUAUCAUGCAACGUGUGCUCAAAAGGAGUGUCUCCUCCCGGGCCCCUCAAGUCAUUCUAAUCAGAAUCUGUGGCAAUUGAUAUGGAGAGCCCCUAUUUUGAAUAGGCAGAGGAACUUCUUGUGGUGUGUCGCGAAGAACAUCUUGCCAACUAGAGGUAAUCUCUUAAAGAAAGGGAUAUCCCUUGAUCCUGUGUGCCCCUUUUGCUCUGCUGAAAUUGAAACUAUGCAACAUCUCCUUAUGGAUUGUGUGUUUGCUAAACAAGUUCUCUUUGCCUCGCCGCUGAGUUAUCGUAUUCCUGCAAAUGUUGGUGUAAAUCAAUGGCUGCAGACGGUUUUGUCUUGUUGUGAUGAUGGCUAUGUCCAAUUUAUCUGUUUCUGCUUGUAUAAAAUCUGGGACACUAGAAACUUGGGUGUGUUUCAGAAUAAACGCUGCUGUCCCAUAGCGGUAGCGAGUGGUGCUGUUGAGUGCGUGCAGGAAUUUCGAAGAGCCAACCCCGUUAAUGGCAAGAAAGCUUCUGUGACUGUUAGGAGGCUCGGUGAGACUUUUCCUCUUGAUGUUCAUAUUGCCCAGGUUGAUGCGGGAAUCACAUGGAAUGGGGAGGCAGUGUUUGGUUGCCUUUUUAAAAGUCACUCUCUGGUUUUCCUGUUGGCUGCGAGCAAGAAGGAGAGCAUUGAAGUGGAGGCGAGCCUGGCGGAAAUGAUGGCCAUUCGGUGGUGUAUUCAACUGGCUGUGGAGCUAAAGCUGGACAAAGUUGUCUUUCAAUCGGAUGCACAAGUGGUGGUUGACUGUAUUAAUUCGAUAAUUAGUAUUGCUGUUCUCGAGCCUCUAGCGGCGGAGUGUAGGAGUUUAUUAAGUGGUGUUACUUUUGGUUCUGUUAUUUUUAUUCCUAGAUCUUGUAAUUCUGAGGCGCACAAUAUAGUGUCGCUUGGUAAACUGUAUGGGUCAAGGACCUGGUUAUGUAACCCCCCGGUGAUAGACUCUGUAGUUUCAGGAGAGUUGCCUCCUUUAUCUUAA